CAUGCGCGCAGAACUAGUUCGGAGAAUUUUUACUUUCCAAUGCUUAGCAUGCUUUGGCAUGCUUGGCACAUGGUGGCACAUGGGUUCCAUGGAUCCAACGGAUCAGUCGUGAUUCGUCAGGGAAUCAACGCCGAACCAUCGUCUUAAAUCGGACAGUGUACGAAGGGCAAGAUUGACGCUCCAUGUUCCCUUAAAAUUCAACACUUUGAUAUUGAUUGUGGUGAAACCAGCCCUUACCGCGGUGUUUACAAGAACGGACGGAUUGUGCGUUUAUACAGACAUAUUAUGAUCCGAAGUACGCGUGGAUAAGAUACGCGUUCCAACGUGAUCUCUCAAACUUGAUUUUCGGCUGCGUCCUGAAUAAAAAAACACUCGUGUAUCCGUGCGAGCGAUUUGAUGCUUGAUAUUGGAUAAUGGCACUGAUGCGGGGAUUACGAUCGUCUUUUAUCUUAGGAACGAAUUAUGCAUUCACGUACAUGUCUAGUCAAGUUGUCCCCGCAAGAACUGUGUCUCUCGUGCAACCGCUUUUUAAGAAUAAAGAGGUUACUGUAACAUUUGUUAAAGCCAAUGGAGAAAGAAUAAAAGCAAAAGGAGAAAUUGGAAACAAUAUUUUAGAUAUUGUUGUGAACAAUGACCUUGAGUUGGAUGGUUAUGGAGCUUGUGAAGGAACACUAACGUGCAGCACUUGUCAUUUAAUUUUUUCUAAGGAUGUGUUUGAUAAUCUUCCAGACAAACCUACAGAAGAAGAAAUUGACAUGCUGGAUUUGGCACAAGAACGAGGACCAACUUCGAGAUUGGGCUGCCAAAUAAUUAUGACUGAAGAACUCGACGGUAUUGAAGUAAAAGUACCAGCUACCAUUAAUGAUGCAAGAACAUAAUAAUUCAGAAUUGCUAUAGACCUGAAAAAUCGGAAAAAAAGCAGGGAAAUUGAAAUUGAUCAUGGAAAACUGGGAAAAGUCAGGAGAAAGUGUAAAAAAGUCUGGAAUUUCAAAAUAUGCUUACAAUUUCCUUAAACUGCUCCUAUUCUAAAUAAUUGUUAUAAUUUCUCAAAAAUUGACGUUUCAUUAGAUCUUGUUAAAGUUGUUUAGAUAAUUUUAGGUGUUUUAUAUUGAUUCUUUUAGUGCAAUUCAAUCUAAUUAUUCUUUCCAAUAUAACAUGUUAUGUGUAUGUAUAAUAGGCAAAAAAUGAUAUUCACAGUUAGAAAUUUCAUUAUAAAUUUAAA